UGACCUUUCGGCCGCGCGUUCGAGGGGACAAAUUUUAAGCCAACUUAGCGCGUAGUUUAACGAAAACUAUGUGUUUAUAAUUAUUUUCAACGAUUUUUAACUCUCGAACCGUUUGUUUUAUAUAUCGAACUAGCAGAAAAGAAAAAAAAAAUUUCAUGUCAUAUACACUUUAAUCGUAAAUCUUGUUGAUUUGAUCUUUGGACUGUCAUGGUUAAAAACAUUUUCGUGCGAGUAAAUUCCUUCUUUGUCACGUCAUUGUUGAAUUCAGAGUGAAGAAGAUCUCCUCAAACGCCUUCGUGUUCAAGGUAUUUCUGUGCGUGAAAUGAAAAUACGUGACAAGGAGUUUUUGACCUUUCGUGACCCUUUGUAGUUUCGUGGUCACCUUCGAUUGCUAAAUGGAUUUAAUGCGAAAGGUAUGACGUUGAAGUUUUUAAUUCUCUGUCGAUUGCAGACAUAUUCAAGAGAAGUAAUUUUUUAAGAAUAUUUUCCUGUUAUUAGUAAUAAACUUCAAAUAGCAAGCAAAUGUUCUACAGAUUUACUUGAUCUGCCGCCAGGAAACAUAUCACUUUCCACAUCCAUCAAGUAAGUGUACGCUUUUGCAAAAAGCUGUUAUUUUGGUAAUGAGAGCCGAUUAGCGGUAUGGCCAGUGACGACCCACAAAUAUUUACCGAUUACCCCGUGUGGUAAAUAAUAAAACCAUUAAGGGCAUAAGCCGUCAGCAUAAAGUCGGAAGCGGAACACGUAUUACAGAGAUGCCAAGUACGAUGGCCGCCUUCGACAUCUUGUUGGCUCUGUAUUUUCUAGCGAUAACAUCCUCUUACGACGUACACAACUCAUUCAAUUCACGCAAUCAAACGCAUCAUCCCUUGGGAGAAAGAUUUCCUUGGCAUGUGUUCGUGAGUUCUGUAAAAUGUAGCGGAGUUUUAGUUCAGGAGCGAUGGAUUUUAUCAUCAGCUUUGUGUACUAGACUGGUGAAAGAGAAAUUGAACCUAAAGCGCAAUGACGAUAGCGAUCAUUCGACGGUGUUCAUCAGAGUUGGAAAUCAUCAUGUCGAUCUCCAAGCAUCAGGCGAAGACACAGCGCCGGUGCUGAGAGCGCUUGUAUAUCCUAAGUAUAACGCUUCAGCUUCGACAGGUAACGUCGGUCUGCUGUACCUUGCACGCAAAGUUAUGCUGCCCGAUGAUCAUCCUGUAUCUCACGCGAAACUACCAGAUUUUGAGACUAACAAGGUCUCGAACCGUCUACUCGGAAAGAUUACGGGAUGGGGUUACUUAUCUGGGCGAAGCUCCCAGUAUAAAACGCUCCUCCAAAGUGACGUUUUAUUAACUGCUGGCCGAGAUUGUCAACGGAGUUUCAGGGACAGGAGCAUGGGAAAAUUGUUAGAUGAAUCGUGGUGUGCCGUAGCUGGAAAGAAAGGAAUUUGUUCAACUGACCAAGGAAGUCCAGUUGUCGUCAAACAGGACGGUCAUUGGUUUGUAGUCGGUGUUUACACAUACGGACAGACUUGUUCUUCCGCUACCAGAGACGUCGCGUUAUUUUCAAGAAUUGACCCUGAUGUGCUUCAAUGGAUUCAAAAACUCUUCACAGCUGGAGACAGACCACAAUGUCACCCAUCAGGUCACAAAAUUCUUGACAUUCCUACGCGUGCGCAGUCCAAUCAAGUGGACUCUGUCCUUCCCCUGUGUGAUAACAAGUUACAGGAGGCCUGGUACAAGUUGGAGCUUGAUGGGAUUCCCGCCGAAAUUCCUACGAGCUGCCCUGAAAUUGGUUCGUGUGGUACUCAUGCUCAGAUAUGGUUGCCACCCGCGGGACAUCCCGAGUUUGGAGAGGAAAGGAAUGGUAGCGCAUGUGUAGCGUGGAAGGGGGUGGACAGGUUUUGUUGCUUGUGGCGGUUACCUGUUCACGUGAUUCAUUGUGGUGGCUUCGUUGUUUAUCGUUUACAGAGUACGGACGAUUGUUCGGCUUACUGCGCUAAAUCAGCCGGCAAAGUUCCUUGUGGACCCGGUAAAAUAGGAUAUGCACCAAAAUGUAGAGUUCGUGAACAAUAUCCCAUCCUAGAUGGCCCCCCACAGAUAACACCAGUAAUCCCCCCGGAUAAAAUCCUGGCAAGUGAAUCAAUCCAUCUUCUGUGUACGUACGAUAUCUUGGCUCCAGGACCCUAUAAAGUUGGGUACAAAGUCACGUGGUAUAAACUCAUGAGCUUCUUGGGUGGGAAGCCUGGGAAACUGGUACUGCUGACCAACAGGACUGAAGAGACCGCGGUGGUGAUGAGCACCAAGUCAGCUGAGUUUUACCUCGGUGACAGAAUCAUUUGUGAAGUGAUGGCAUUUUUCUUAGAGAGUCCAGAACGAACAAGUCCUACUUUCUCCAGCGACAAUUUCUUCGUUGGAAUUAAGGUUGAACCUCCGUUCAUUGUCACCUCAGAGGAUCAUAAAAUCAGGGAAUUCACUUUGAGACUUACCGUGCCCCUUAUCUGUCAGCCGGACCACCCCAACUGCACGAUACGGAUAUCAAUGCACUUGGUACCAGUAGUAGACAAUCUACAGAUGUCAUCAACGUCAGAUAUAGCCCUAUCCACCUGUGAAGUAAUACUGAAACCGCAACCCUGCUCUCGCCGUGACUGUGGGCGCAAGGUUGUUAGAUUUGUUGCUGUCUCAGACUACAUCGAUGACGGAGACCGCAGGACACGUAUUGUAACUGAGCCUACCAGGAGCCAGUCGCUACUUUGGAAUUCUUACGAUCCAGCUGACGUUUUCGUUCUCUCUAAAGAUGUGAAAACCCCUCGAUGUUACCUCUUUACGGAGUCUUACAUGAAGACGCUAACCGGCAGGUAUUACCGGAUUUCAACAGGAGCAACAACACUCCUGUUGUAUAAAAGUGCAGCCAGGCUGUUUGAGGUUCACACGCGAUUGUGGGCUUGUAGCAGGUCUUCAAACCGGGGAUUUUGCGCAUGCGGAGUCGCUGUAAGAGAUGGAGAUGACGUAAUCGAGAUCAAUAUGUGUCGUGGAAGAUUUGCAGAGACCAGUGUCCAAAUAUCUGUUAGGUCCAGGCCUCCUCUUGCAAAAGGAGUACGGAUAACAGAGGCUCUAGCAGGAAAACGGUACACGGUGUAUUUUCCUUCAGGAGUUUAUGUUCGAGUGGAUGUGUUUAAUUGGGGAUUGAAUGUACAAAUACAAUCGUCUGGACGAGACCUGAAUCAAGUGACAGGUUUAUGUAGCCUCGGUGAGGUCAGCAGUUCUUCUCAAACACCAAAUGAAGGUUUACCACUUGAGAUGAAUGAAACACAACAGUGGAGGAUUCUUGACGCCCAUAGUUUAUUUAAUCAUAAACCGGUACAUUAUCGACAACACCGGACGGAAAAGCCCUUCUGUUUGUGUACCUUAAACAGCAAUAUUGAAAAGAAAAGGAAGUGUGCUUCCUGUGAGUUAAAGUGUAGAAGACACCAGCAUGUGAUAUGGCCAGCAUUAUUCCGUGAAAGAGAUAUCACCAGAAGAGUUCACGCGCUACAAAUCGGCCGUGAUCUUGAGCGUAGAAGUAACCGGUCAGAUGGCUAUCCCCCUCUCUUAUACCAUCCCACAAACCAAUCAAACCUAUCAGAGGAAGGAAGACCUGACACAUUUUUAGCUGUCUUGGCUAUCGUUAGUUACUGCAAGAGGCUGUUGACUGACACCCCGCUAGGAAAAGCUUGCAUUCAUUUAGUUGGUCAGCGUACUGUCGAUCAACUUAAGAGAAUUUGCAUAAGAGACACGAGGUUCACCGGUGUGUUAGGCAUGGCCUGGGGAGUAGCUUCAAUAUUACAAGACACGUGUGAAGACACAUUUCUGAAAAAUACCUCCCUGUGGGAGAAGUCUAUCUCAACUGAAGGGCUGACACCAACGAGGAUAAAAAACGUUAUGUGCCCACGACUGUGUAGUGAACGAGGAAGGUGUAUCAAUGGAGCCUGUAAAUGUCGGCGAGGUUACACAAGCGAUGAUUGUUCUGUUCCUUCCCGAAGUCCACCACAACUCAUCGGUGUACACAAUGAUGGAACAUGUGAUAUGAAAGCUUUUCACUGCAAGCAAGUCAGGCUGGUUGGAGAGGGUUUUCACAACUCAAGAGAACUGAAGUGUUCCUUCGCAGAAGUCAAGGAUACCACAUUUGAAACUCAGACUUUCUUGUCCAAGGCCACAUAUGAAAGUUUUCGUGGUCUCACUUGCGAAACACCAGGGUCACAUGACACAGAGAAGGCAUUUAUAAGUUACCAAGUACGUGUCAGUAAUGAUGGCAGUUUAUGGAGCCAGCCUAUUCCUCUUUUUAUCUUUGAUGGGGGUUGUCUUACAUGUACCACUCGGAGAAUGGGCUGUGAAAUUAAGAGUGAAACAUGCCAUAUUGAUGGACGUUGUUAUAGAAAAAGCGAAUCCAGUCCUCAAGAUCCCUGCAAGUGGUGUUCACCGACAAAUAGUCAGCAGGCGUGGACCGACAUACCAUGUCAACAUGGGAGUUGCAAUGCCUCUUAUUGUGUGCAUGGUGUCUGCUUAGAUACAACAAUGGGAAGAUAUUUCUGUUUCUGUAAUGAAGGAUUUACUGGUGUAAAUUGUGAUAUUGCUGAAGAUCCUUGCAUUUUUAACCCCUGUGGCGGUGGAGUCUGUGUUCGACUUGGAAGGACGUUUCGAUGUCAAUGUCCUCCGGGAUACACUGAUAUUCAGUGCUCCGUGCCAGUCAACCCUUGUUCUUCAAAUCCCUGUAAUAACGGAAGUUGCGUCACUAAUGGUUCACACUUUCGUUGCUUCUGCGAAGAAGGUUUUACCGGACUUUUUUGUGAAACAGGUGUUCAGAGUUGCCCGUGCAAACAUGGAAAAUGCGUUACUCGAAGAGGGAACUCUGUUUGCAUGUGCGAAGAAGGAUUCGCGGGAAUAUUAUGCGAGGUGGAACUGUUUGGAGAGUGUGGCUUGGCGUCCUGUAAAAAUGGUACUUGUGUUGAAGUAGAUGGGCUAACCAAAUGUGUAUGCACUUCGGGAUACACUGGCUCUCUCUGUGAUAUUAAGAUCGGUUCUUGUCCGGAUGCACCCUCUCUGCAAGGAGAUUAUAAUUCCAGUUUAUGUUUGAACAAUUCGUGUUUGGGCGAAAACUACAAUCUCACUUCUCUCUGCGAGGUCGGAUUUACAGGGACGGUUGUUCGUAGAACAAUUUACAUGACACAAGGAAUACGAACGCGAGGAAAUACGAAUCUCAAUGUCACUAUCUCUUUUUACCAUAAAUAUUUCCAUGGGUCUUCUAUGUACAACGUCAACGUGUCAUUUAACAGUUCUGACGAAGUUGCGAGUGACAAACGCAUAUCUAAUCUUGAUGAGAUCACAUAUGUGUGUGAGGGAAAUCAUACGGGCUUCGGAAGGAUUAUUUCUUGUGAAAACAAGAACUGCAUGAUCAAUGAAAGCUUAUUGCUUUGUGUAUUAGAAUCUAUUAACAGAUCACGUGAUUGUCGUCCCUCUGUCUUCGAGAAAGAUUGCUUAUGGUUAGGUUCAAUUUGCGAAUGUUAUUCUCAGGCUGAGGAAGAUGAGAACAACUCUUACAACGCAUGCAAAGGGGGGACUUUUAGCUGUAGUAUCUUUAAUAAGACCACUGGAUUACCGUGUGAUGAUGUAACUAACAUUGCACUUAGUAAAGGAUUUGUUACAGAAUGCUCUGAGGGACAAAACUGUAGCCAGGCGGUUGAUUUAUGUUACCUUAAUCCCUGUGUAAAUGGGAAUUGCACUUCUUCCAUCGAUGGGAUACAUUGCUUGUGUAAAACUGGUUUCACUGGUGAUAAAUGUGAUAAACGGGACUUCUGCCAGCCCGAUCCCUGCUUUAAGGGUAAAUGUCACAACACAGCGAGCGGUUUCCAAUGUGAAUGCUCUAAAGGAUAUACUGGAUUAACUUGCACUCAUUUGAAAACUCGGUGUAAAAUAAACCUCUGCAAGCAUGGGGAUUGCUACAUAGAAACGAACGGAAAGCUAUCGUGUGGAUGUUACCAUGGUUACCAGGGACCACGAUGUGAAAAUGUCGUCGACCACUGUAAGCGUGAUACUUGUAAGAACGGGCUUUGCAUCAACACCAGAAUAGGAUUUCAAUGUCUUUGCCGCAGGGGAUUUUCGGGAAAACGUUGCCACAUUAAUGACCCAUGUGUUCCAAGUCUAUGCGUGAACGGGAAUUGCUCAACGAAAUCAGAUGGGUAUCACUGUGUGUGUCACCAAGGGUACAGAGGAAGACACUGCAAUGAGACCGCAGACCACUGCCUGAGUAAUCCUUGCGCUCGUGGACAGUGUGUUGAUGCUCAGGGCACAUAUUUGUGCAAGUGUCCACCAGGUUUCACUGGCGACACCUGCAACGCCACUGUUGAUGUAUGCCAGCCUAAUCCUUGUCUUAAUGGAAAUUGUAUCAACGUGAAAGUUUCUUUUAAAUGCGACUGUUACUAUGGCUUUGUAGGAACUUUCUGUGAUAAACAGAUCGUCUUUGACCCAUGUGAAAGGAAUCCCUGUUAUAAUGGUAAAUGUGUCGGCGUCCAAACGCUGAAAAGGAGUGUUCCCUCAUUUAAUUGCUCGUGUCAUGAAGGUUUUACUGGACAGUACUGUGAAUCAGUUAUCGGCCCGUGCAAUACCAAUCCUUGCAGGUACGGAUUAUGCAAAGCAACAAAUGAAAGCGGCUUUCUUUGUGCAUGCUUCGAUGGAUAUCAAGGUGUUCUCUGUGAUACGAAGAUCAAUCACUGCCUGACCGGGCCAUGUGUGAAUGGUUCGUGUAUUUCCACCAAUGCGUCUUUUGAGUGUUUGUGUCACCGGGGUUACGCAGGAAAGUUAUGUGAUCAAGCAAUGGACAUGUGUCGGCCAAAUCCGUGUAAACAUGGAAGUUGUCACCAAAAGGGGACAUCAUUCAGGUGUUCUUGUUUCGAAGGAUAUACUGGAGGCGUUUGUCAAAAUAAGAUUACUAACUGUAGUUUGAAUCCAUGUAAGCACGGAAGUUGUGUCGAUAGAGGGCAAACGUUUCAAUGUUAUUGUAAACGACGCUAUUCUGGAAAAUUCUGUCACCUAAAAGUGAACCCAUGUGAACCAAACCCAUGUAAACACGGCUCGUGUUUGCAUAGAUACUCUUCAUGGUUUUUGUGUCGGUGCGAACUGGGCUACACAGGUAAAAAGUGCGAUAAGAAAAUCAACAUGUGCCAGUCACAGCCAUGCAAACAUGGGGAAUGCGUCAACAUGGGAAUGUCUUUUCGGUGCAAUUGCUAUCCUGGUUAUCGUGGACGUCUCUGCGAUAAAAUCGAAACCUGCCAAUCUCGACCUUGUGAACGUGGUAAUUGUUUUCCUUCAGGAAAUUCGUUCACUUGCGCAUGCCCAGAGAACUACACAGGUCGUUAUUGCGAGAAUAUGAUUGAUCCGUGUCAAUUAAGCCCUUGUAAACACGGCCGCUGUUCACUUCUGAACCAAUCCAUCAAAUGCACCUGCAGCAAGGGAUACACUGGUGAUCAUUGCCAAGUGACGGUGAACCCUUGUUUCGAUCACAACUGUAAGCAUGGGAGGUGUAUAGCACAUGGUGUUCAAUUUUCAUGUCAAUGCCUACUGGGAUUUCGUGGGAAAUACUGCGAGACAGAUAUCGACGAAUGCUUAGAAGCACCCUGUUUUGCUGGUGUCCAAUGCACAAAUUAUCCAGGGAACUACAGUUGUGGUUCAUGCCCUGCUGGUUUCAUUGGUGAUGGUUUACGUUGUGAGGAGAUAGCUCACCCCUGCAAAAAGUUAAACUGCUUUAGAGAUGUACCAUGCGUCCAAAGAGGUCAAAGUUACCAAUGUGGAAAUUGCCCGCGUGGAUUUACUGGAAAUGGCGUUCUUUGUACCGAGAUAGAUGCCUGCUCAUCUAACCCAUGCCAUCACUUGACUCAGUGCAUUAAAGAGAAGAGCUCCCCUGAGGGGUUUCGUUGUGGUCCUUGUCCUAAAGGGUACAAGGGAAACGGAUUCACGUGCACUUCUUUGUGCCCUGUUCCCUGCCCUUAUGGAAUGGAGUGCAAUGGUAAUGAUUGCAGGUGUCCGACAGGUUACCAAGGCGUUGGCUGCCAAACGCCAUUUUGUCGAGCUGGUUGUUUUAAUGGCGGUACCUGCAUUAUGCCCAACUUAUGCGUUUGUGCAAAGGGUUUUGAGGGACCCGCUUGCUUGUCGCCCGUAUGUCGGCCUCCUUGCAGGUAUGGCGGAAAUUGCAUCGGCCCGGGAAAGUGCCGCUGUCCACAUGGGUUUACGGGCCCGCGAUGCGAGAAGAAAAGCUGCCUGGUAACUUGUUUGAACGGUGGAAGGUGUCGUGGACCCUAUAUUUGCCAGUGCAUGCUGGGAUACUCGGGACAAAGAUGUGAAAUUGGUAAAAUUGUUUUUUCUCUGAACAAAAAGUUGCGGAUAAGUUGUCUAUUGAUGUUGAGGUGAACCCUUUAGAUCCCUAACAUCAGAACACAUAUUCUCCAUACUGUAUUUUAUACAUUUUCUAAGGUGCUGACAAGGACACUUUGAGCUUCUAUAGUUGAUGAUGAGUUCUCUUUUUCUCAUGACCUGUAAGUGUGAUUCAGGGGUGAUCUUUAAAAUCGGUCGUGGGGCAAG